CCCCUCUCCCUCUUCCAGAUUCAAAUCCGCCCCCCCUUCUCUCUCUUUAUUCCUCUCCCAACCAAGAAACUAGCUUCAUACUGUUAAAAGCCUCUUUUUUUUCCAGUAGAUUUUCUGCCCAAAACUAAAAGUUCAUACCCGCUUUCACUUUCCAUUUCUGCUUCUGUUUCCAUAUUUGCAUACGUAAAUUCGUUAGUCGAAGGUUUUCUUUUUGGUCAGCCAGACAGAGAGAAAGGUGCGAAGAAGCACCAUCCCUGGCGAAAAUGGAGGCGGCUGUAGGAGGAGGAGGAGGACCGUACAAUCCUCGUACUGUCGACGAAGUGUUUAAGGAUUUCAAGGGCCGGCGAGCCGGAUUGAUUAAAGCUCUAACUACCGAUGUGAUGGAAUUUUAUCAGCAGUGUGACCCAGAGAAGGAGAACUUGUGCCUCUACGGGUUUCCGAGCGAGCAGUGGGAGGUGAACUUGCCAGCAGAAGAAGUUCCGCCGGAGCUUCCAGAACCUGCCUUGGGGAUAAACUUCGCAAGAGAUGGAAUGCAGGAGAAAGACUGGCUGUCUUUAGUUGCUGUCCACAGCGACGCCUGGUUGCUUGCCGUGUCCUUUUAUUUUGGUGCUAGGUUUGGAUUUGAUAAAGCUGAUAGGAAACGACUUUUCACCAUGAUAAAUGACUUGCCUACAAUCUUUGAAGUUGUGACUGGUGCUGCAAAGAAACAGCACAAGGAAAAAUCUUCUGUCUCCAAUAACAGUAGCACAAAGUCAAAAUCCAAUUCAAGACCGGGGCAGCGGGCACCGGAAACUCAGGGAAGGUUCACAAAACCACCACCCAAAGAAGAAGAAGAUGAUGGGGGGUUGGAGGAGGAAGAUGAAGAGGAGGAAGAUGAGGAGGAGCACGGAGAGACUUUGUGUGGUGCUUGUGGAGAGAACUAUGCGUCGGAUGAGUUUUGGAUAUGUUGUGACAUUUGUGAGAAGUGGUUCCAUGGAAAGUGUGUCAAGAUUACCCCUGCCCGAGCGGAACACAUCAAGCAAUACAAGUGCCCAUCCUGCAGCAACAAGAGAGCCCGGCCUUGACCUCGACCUCGACCCCCUUUCUUUUUAUUUAUUUCUUUAUCUAUUGUGAUAGAGAGACAAUCUGUUCCUUUGUAUUGGUGCCCUUCCUUUUUCUUUAGUUUAGCACAAGUAGUAGUAGUAGUUCAUGUGAAAGUUUGAGGGUGGAACUCUGUGUGUUACGUUUAGAGAUGAUCUCUCCCCACAAUUAACAUUUACUUCAAAGUUAGCAUGACAGAAAGCCCCCCAAGGCAAAAUUUGUCCAAGGUCAAUAUGUAUGUAAUGUAACCUUAUUCAUCUAAAAAACUUAAGAAGUUUUU